AUUCCCAUGUAGUCUCAGCACCCAGCCCCUAGCGAGUUUAUUAUCCAGUGCAACUCUCGAUCAGUUCAGUUCGCGAAAAAAAAAAUGGUGCCAAAUCCCAGCAGGAUUGAAGCGAUCACCUCCGGCAAUUCGAUUGUCAUUUCGGGCGUCGCCGGGAAGUUUCCCCGCUCGAACAAUGUCGCCGAGUUUUCACGAAAUCUGUACGACAAGGUUGACUUGGUUGACGAUCUGGAGACGAGAUGGCGUCACAUCAAUCCGGAGAUUCCCCGCCGAACUGGCAAGCUGAACUACCUGAACAAGUUCGAUUCGCAGUUCUUUGGAAUCCCGACAACGGAAGCACACAGUCUAGAUCCUCAGAUGCGAAUGCUGCUGGAGCACUCGUUCGAAGCGAUCAUGGAUGCCGGGUUGAAUCCGAACACGUUGCGAGGAUCGCGAACUGGAGUGUUUGUUGGGAUAUGCUUUUCGGAAACCGAGAAGGAGUUCAUUUACACGGACAUUGCACCCAAAGGCUACGGGGUAAAGGGGUCGAUACGUUCGAUGAUCGCUAACCGGUUAUCAUACGAGCUGGAUUUGCAAGGUCCGUCGAUGACCGUCGAUACUGCAUGCAGCAGUUCCAUGUACGCGUUGGAUUGUGCAUUCAAAGCUGUACGUGAUGGAAGAUGCGACUCGGCUUUGGUAGCGGGAACCAACUUGCUUCUGCAUCCUUAUGUGACGCUUCAGUUUGCGCGUUUGGGAGUACUCUCAGCCGACGGAUACUGCAGACCGUUUGAUAUCUCGGCAACGGGUUACAGUCGGGCGGAAGCAAACGCUGUGAUCUUUUUGCAACGGGCCAAGGAUGCAAAACGUGUUUACGCCCAUGUGAUGCAUUCCAAGACCAAUUGUGACGGAUUCAAACAAGAAGGCAUUACCUACCCUUCGGGACAGAUGCAGAAGCAACUGUUGAACGAAUUCUACGACGAGGUCGGAAUACUUCCGCAAAAUGUCAACUACGUUGAAGCUCACAGCACGGGCACGGUCGUCGGCGAUCCUGAAGAGUGCGAUGCCAUCGAGAAGGUGUUCUGUCGGGACAGGAUCGCUCCGCUGCCCGUUGGAUCAGUCAAAUCCAACAUCGGACAUUCGGAAGCUGCUGCAGGGAUUUGCUCCAUAACAAAGUGCAUCAUUGCUAGCGAAUCAGGAGUCAUACCACCGAACAUCAAUUUCAAACAAAACCGAAUUGACGUACCCUCACUUACCACCAACAAGCUGCAGGUCAUUACGGACAGUACACCGUUGGAUGGACCAAUGAUAGCUAUCAACUCAUUUGGCUUUGGAGGUGCCAAUGCACAUGCCCUGCUUCAUUCAAAUUGUAAGACUAAACUCCGAGGAGGAGCCCCUCAAGAUGCUCUACCACGUUUAGUAACUUGGUCCGGACGGACGACCGAAGCCGUAAAAACGAUCUUCGAUGAAGUUGCUCGUCAUCCGAUGGACACCGAAUUCCUAGCAUUACUCAACAACAUUCAAACGGAACCAAUCCGCAAGUUCCAAUAUCGGGGCUUUCGAGUGUACUCCGUGAAUGACUGCACGUUCUACGAAUCUCCGAUUGAAAAAGUAACCAAGCAGACCCAAUCCCUUGCACUUAUCAUCGGAGAUGUUGACUGUCACUGGAAGCAGAAGAUUGAAACCUUCAACGAAUUUCCCGUCUUUCGGAAGACCAUCCGAGCUUGUACUGAUAUCCUCAAAUCAAAGGGAUUUCAUCUGUACGAAAUGUCUGACGGUCUGGUAGGAAGUGUCACUCUUCAAAUCGGAAUUGUUGAGUUGUUCCGAGCUUGUGGGAUUGAGUUCAAUAACUACACUGGAACUACGAUCGGACAGAUCACAGCCGCUUACCUAGACGGUUGCCUCACGCUGGAGCAAGCCAUACUGACAAGCCUUUACCACAGCAUAAUCCAGAUCGAUUAUCGCAAUCUAUCCUCCACCAAUCCUUCCGAAGUUUGUCGACGCAAAUUUCUGGAAACGAAACUCCACGAGCACCUGAGCAACGUUCUACCAGCAGAUUUACAGCCAACAGAUCGAUGGAUUGCGCCGACCUCUUUGAAGAUGUUCAAAAGUUUCAAACUACUCGAAAGCUCCGAUCCGACGACCUUAUCUCUUCCAGAACAAGCGUUUGUCGUGGAUCUCCGGAAGCUGCAACAAGCGGAUCAACCCAUUCAGGCGGUACGAAGCUUUCUUGUCAGCUUGGGAGGCAUAUUCCUAACCGGCCGACAUCCGAACCUGGCGAAGCUAUAUCCGGCUGUGGAUUUCCCCGUAUCGCGUGGAACACCAAUGAUUUCCCCGCUGGUUCGAUGGGAUCACGCGGCCACCUGGUUCGUGAUCAAAUUCUACGCCCAAAAGAUCACCGACAGUGGCAUUCAGGCGUACAAAAUCUCUCUUACGGAUCAGGACCACAGCCAGCUCAGUGGACACUGCAUCGAUGGAAGGAUACUGUUUCCGGCCACGGGUUACCUGCUGCUCGCCUGGGAAACACUCGCCAACUGGAAGGGUCAUAUCCUGGAGGAGAUGCCCGUCGAGUUCAGUGAUGUGCAGUUCAUUCGGGCUACGACGCUCAACGCGAGCCAAGCUAUCGAUUUAACCGUUAGCAUCCAGCAGGGCACGGGUCACUUUGAGAUUAUGGAGAGCGACGUAGCAAUCGUAACGGGCACCAUUCGACAAAUGGAAACUACCGAUCUAACGACACUUGCUCCGCCGACCAAGUCGGCACCAAUUCUUCCGAUGCGUGACUUUUACAAAGAGCUUCGGCUGCGCGGCUAUCACUACAGUGGAGUAUUCAAAUCGGUACUAGAAUGCCGUAUGGACGGAUCAUAUGCCAAGAUUGCCUGGGCGAACGACUGGGUUGGGUUUCUGGACUGCAUGCUCCAAGUGGAGAUCAUCGCUCAAGACACCCGGGCACUAGCGGUGCCAACAGGGAUCGAAAGUCUUUGCAUUGAUCCAAUCCUUCACUUGAAACGAAAGCAGAUCAACGAAGCUGGUAUCGAGUUUUACGACGUACAGUACAACCCGGAUCUGAACGUACUGCGAACUGGUGGAAUUCAAGUCACCGGAAUGCAAGCUAGUGCGAUAGCUCGCCGACCACCACCUGGAAUACCGGUUCUGGAGAGCUACCAGUUCAUUCCAUAUCAUCCUGAAGCGGCGAUACCAGCGCAAGAAGCCGCACGAAUGUUUGUUCAGAUCAUGCUGGAGAACACGCCGGUGGCUUCACUGCACAUCGUCGAGCAGCACAGCCCUCUUUUACAGCCAAUCAUUGCACUAUUCGACAACGCUAUCAAGGAUCUACCAUCGGUCAAAUCUAACCUGGUUGUCAACAGUGCUGAGAAGCUUUCCCUUCCGGACUGUGUGAAGAUCACUAACGAAUCUUUGAUGAACCAACGGAAUCUGCAUUGUCUGAUACAUGACGAAAGCUACAAGUCAGAACCCAUCUUGUCUGAUGUCCUCGAUGCGUUGAUGGAUAAAGGAUACCUGAUCGUUCGUGUGCAACACGGACAUGAUCUUGCAGAGAUCCCUCCAGAGUUGCAUCUUAUUUCUUCUCUCACCAUCGAGGAUGAAGUGUUGAUACUACUGCGCAAGAAAAACGGUAAAAACGGGCCCCCACAAGCCAUCGAGAUUAAGUCGAAUGACUUCGAGUGGAUUAACAAGCUACAACAGUCUAAAUCGGCAACGAUUCUGUACUCAAAUGAUCAAUUCUCUGGAAUCCUUGGACUCGUGAAUUGCUUGCGACGAGAACCCAACACCCAAUCUGUUCAAUGUUUCUUCGUAAACGACUCAAACGCUCCCCGAUUCAGCGUUGACGACACCUUCUACACCGCCCAAAUCCAGCUAGGUCUAGCAAUCAACGUUUACCGUAACGGUCAGUGGGGUAGCUAUCGGCACUGCCUGCUGGAGAAUAAUAAAGAUCCAGCCAUCCCGGUGAGCAACCACUGCUUUGCCAACUGUCUCAAACCGGGCGAUCUGUCGUCCUUUGCUUGGCUCAAUGGACCUCUGAACGAGCAGCCCGUCACCGACGGCAGGGUGAAUGUGGUCUUCAGCUCGCUGAACUUUAAAGAUGUCAUGCUCUCCACCGGCCGGCUUGCGAUAGAGUCGUCGUUCUUGAGUCGGCUGGAGCUGGAAUGUGUACUUGGAUUCGAGUAUUCCGGAGUUACGGUUGAUGGUCGUCGCGUUAUGGGCAUGAUCCCUUGCGGCGCAAUGAGUAGCCAGGUGGAAAGUGAACCUUAUAUGACGUUCGAUGUUCCCGAUGUUUGGAGCUUGGAGCAGGCGGCCACAAUACCGUGUGUUUACGGGACGGUCUACAGUGCGUUCUUCAUGAGCUCCCAAAUCCGUCGUGGAGCUUCCAUACUGAUCCACGCUGGAAGUGGUGGCAUCGGCUUGGCAGCCAUUGAAACUUGUUUUGCGUAUGGAAUGGAGGUGUUCACCACGGUAAGUACGAACGCGAAGAAGGAGUUCUUGCUAGCCCGAUUUGCCCUGCUCAAGCCGGAUCACAUCGGCAACUCCAGGGACACCUCGUUCGAGCGGAUGAUCCGGACGCUGACCAACGGUCGGGGAGUGGAUUUUGUGCUGAACUCGUUAUCGGAGGAGAAACUGCAAGCCUCGGUACGGUGCCUGGCGAAGGGCGGUCACUUUUUGGAGAUUGGAAAGUACGACAUGACGAAAAACUCGAAAUUGGCUAUGGAGCUGUUCCAGAAGGGAAUCACGUUUACCGCCGUCCUGCUGGACUUGCUGUUUAGUGGAACUGAGACACAAAAGAUGACACUGCACCGGAUUCUGGCCGAUGACAUCCGGCGCGGGGUUGUUAAGCCGUUACCGACGACGGUGUUCGAAGCGCCAGAAAUUGAAAAGGCCUUCCGAUUUCUGGCCGGUGGCAAACACAUGGGGAAGGUUCUGCUGAGGAUAAGGAAGAACGAAGACGAUCGGUGCACCAUCCCGAUACAGGUUUGCCCGAGGAUGUUCUGCAGCCCGGAGGCGACCUACGUGAUCGUGGGUGGACUGGGAGGUUUUGGGCUGGAGCUGGCCGAUUGGUUGAUCUUGCGAGGCUGCCGUAUGCUGGUGCUGAGCUCCAGUCGCGGUAUUACGCAGGCGUAUCAGGAGUUUCGGAUAAGAAACUGGAAAAGCUACGGCGUCGAGGUGCUCGUGUCUACCGCGGACGUGACCACCAACGAAGGCGCCCGCUCGCUACUGAUCGAAGCGUGCACGCUUGGUCCGGUGGCGGCUAUCUUCAACCUGGCCGUGCAACUACGGGACGCCAUCUUUGAGAAUCAAACCGCCCAGGCCUUUGCCGAGUGCCUCCGACCGAAAGCCACUGCCACGGGUUGGCUGGACCGCUGGAGUCGCACGCUGUGCCCGGAGUUGCAGCACUUUGUGGUGUUUUCCAGCGUGUCGUGCGGUCGGGGUAACGCGGGACAGAGCAACUACGGGAUGGCCAACUCGAUCAUGGAACGGAUCGUUGAGGGGAGAUGCGCGGACGGGCUUCCGGGCAAGGCGAUCCAGUGGGGUGCGAUCGGGGAGGUUGGGUUGGUGGCGGCGAUGGCGGAGGAGAAGAUCGACAUGGAGAUCGGGGGAACGCUGCAGCAGCGGAUCUCGUCGUGUUUGGGGGAGUUGGAUCGGUUGCUUGUUGCUUGUGGGGACCCGAUCGUAGCCAGUAUGGUGGUGGCGGAGAAAAAUUUGAGCGGAGCCGGGUCGAAAACUCCGGUUGAGGCGGUGAUGAACAUCAUGAGUAUUCGAGAUUUGAAGUCGAUCUCGUUUGAGAGCACGCUGGCGGACAUUGGAAUGGACUCGCUGAUGGCGGUUGAAAUUAAGCAGGUGCUGGAGCGGGACUUUGAUCUGGUGUUAUCGCCGCAGGAGCUUAGGAGUUUGACCUUUGCGAAGUUGCAGCUGCUUGCGGAGAAUAAGGAAAGCGGCGAGAUCGUUGAAGUUGUGGAUGAUAAUCCCGCUGGUGGGCUUGAGAUGCUGGUGAAGAAUUUGGGGUUGGAAGCGACUAGUCAACAAACGAUUUUGAGGCUUCAGUCGCAGUCCAACGAACUGGAUUACAAGAAGGCAAUUUUGUUGGUGCCUGGAAUUGAGAGCGUGGCGGGAGAUGUUUGGAAAAGUAUUGCUUCCAAAAUCAACGCACCGACGUUUAUUCUUCAGACGUUGAACAACUAUCAGUGUCAGAGUUUGGACACGAUUGCUGACGCUGUUUAUGAGGAAGUGUUGGACAAAGUUUACAGCAAGGUUGAGCAGUUUACCAUCGUUGGGUACUCGUUUGGAGUUCUGAUCGCAAUCGAAAUCGCCAAGCGACUUGAAAGGGACAACUUGGUUGGUAAGUUGAUGCUGAUCGAUGGCGCUCCGAAGUAUCUGAAAAUGCUGGCCAACGCAGAUAUUCAUAAGUCAGACGAAGACAUCCAGAAAAGCAUCCUCUACGCCAUUCAAGCCAUAAGUCAGUCGAAAGAGACGUUGGUAUUUAAUCGCGGAGAGUUUACGUUCAAGGAACGAAUUGACAAACUGCUGGAACUACACAAAGACGAGACAGCUUACUCCAAGAGCUACAUCGAAAAAACUAUUCACGCACUGUUUUAUCGAAUGAAAAUGGCGCUGUCGCUGAACCCGGAAGCUUACCAGAAUAGUCUGCGAUGUCCGGUGACGCUGGUGAAACCAACAAAAGCUCCCCUUCUGGACAUUGACAACGAUUACGGACUGACGGAUAUCACCGAUUCCACCGUUUCGACAAACACCCUCGAAGGAACCCACCAAACCAUGCUGCAAAACCCUCAACUCUUGGACAUGAUCAACCAGGGCUUUCUCUAGGCUAGUAAAAAAUGCUUGAACUUGUUUACAAUUAGGAAUAAAAGAAUAGUCAUAUUUUCUCA